CUACAAGACACGUCAAAAUUUCAAAACAACUUGUAAAUUCAAUUCAUAUUUGCAGGGAUCUAAAGAGAAAUGGAUAAUUUCGAAUCAUUUUAAUCUUGGCAGAAAAUUACAAUGACGAAUUUACAAGAAGUUCCAACGGAAGAACUCUUGUCGUUCCAUGAUUACCCCGUGGUACAUCAAAAUUCAAAUGUAGGGAGUAAUGCUGAACAAGCUCAAAUAAACAUUACGAUCAAUAAUGAUGAUUUCCAAGUAAAUAACUUGAAUGACGAUCCCUUGGAGAGGGAUACAGAAGAGUCGCAAAAUAAGAUAUACUCUAUAUGGUCAAUUGAAUAUUAUCAAAGAUUCUUUAAUGUUGACACGAAGGACGUUACAGAUAGACUAUUAGCCUCAGUUACACCUUUACCAGAUUAUUCACUGAGGCAUCAUAUGUUGGAAAAACCAGAUCUCUAUGGACCCUUUUGGAUUUCCAUGACUUUGAUUUUCACCAUAGCCAUUAGCGGAAACAUUUCCAAUUAUUUGCAGCACGAUGAAAGAUACCAUUGGAGAUAUGAUUUUAAACUAGUUUCUUAUGCAGCCACUGUUAUUUGGAUAUACGUCAUGCUAGUUCCUAUUUCAUUAUGGGCUUUCCUCAAGUGGUCUGUUGAAAGUCCAUUCAAUGAUGGGGAAGUAUUGAAAACUCCUGGAUUAUUAGAACUUAUUUGUAUUUAUGGGUAUUCAUUAUUUAUUUACAUUCCGGUAUCAAUAUUAUGGUCUAUACAGAUAUUGUACCUUCAGUGGAUUUUGGCUUUAUCGUCAGCUGCUUUGUCAGGAUCCGUCUUGAUGCUUACUCUGAUGCCAUCCUUGAGAGCAUCAAAGCACAAAUUAUUUUUGAUACUUAGUGUUAUAUCUUGCCAUCUAUUACUAGCUGCAGGGUUUAUGUUGUAUUUUUUUAAGGCACACGAUAAUAAAGUAGUUGUAGAAGUCUUGGCCCAAAAUGUUACUAAAGUUGUAACAGAAGUAUUAAAAUCAACUAAAGCGUCAUGAGGUAAUCAUCAUUUAUAAAGACAGUAUAUUUGUGAAAUGUUUGUGAUAGAUUAAGUGUUAAAUGUAAUGAAUUCAAUAAUAAAAAAAUUAAAAGGAAA